AUGUCUCCAAAGAAAGCUGCCGGUGCUGCCUCUGGCAAGGCCGCCACCACCCACGCUUCAUACAAAGAUAUGAUCAAGGAUGCCAUCAUCAGCCUUAAAGAACGCAAUGGAAGCAGCCGUCAAGCGCUCAAGAAGUACGUCCAGAACAACAACAGACUCAACAUCACCUCCCAGGCCGCCUUUGACGCGCAGUUCAACCGUGCUCUCAAGGCUGCCGUCGAGAAGAAGGAGUUCACUCAGCCAAAGGGUCCCUCCGGCCCCGUAAAGCUCGCGAAGAAGGAGACCAGCAAGCCUGCCGCUAAGCCUGCCGUCAAGAAGACUGCCUCUACCACCAAGACUACUGCUAAGCCAGCUACCAAGAAGUCCACCACUACCACCACCACCAAGAAGCCAGCUGCAAAGGCGGACAAAGACAAGCCAAAGAAGGCCGCUGCCUCGACCACAAAGAAGGCUGCUACCUCCACCAAGACAAAGACCAAGGCCAACACCACCAAGCAACGCAAGACUACCUCCUCCGCACCCGCCGUCGUUGACGUUCCCAAGGUCCUAAGCAAGACCAAGUCCGGCAGAGUGACCAAGACUGCCGCCAAACCCGCCGCGGCACCCAAGAAGGCCCCCGCAAAGAAGAAAGCCAGCACCCCGAAAGGAACACCAAAGAAGACAGCUGCAUAA